CCAUAAGAUCCUGUCUCCCUCCUCCCGCUCCCCUCCCUCUGCCCCUUCCUGCCUUUGGCCCGUGCGAGAGGAGUCUCUUCUCUCCUUGCGGGACGGGGCUGAGGCGCUCGGGGCAGCGGCCGAGGCGGCAGGGAAUGGGGACUGGGCUCUGGGGACCAUCCGCCUGGGCUCAGACCCCUGCCCGGAGCCAGCGGUCCGGCGCCCCGCGGCCAGGGCUGCCUUGAGCUCUCAGGGUUGAGCUGAGAUCCUGAAGUUAGUGAUUUCUUUUUGUUGGUGGUGGUUUCUUUUUGUUUUUGUUUUAUGUGCUUUGUUUUGUUUUUUUUCCCUCUGCUCUCGGUGCUUCCGAAGUGCCUGUAAGAUUUGCAGAGAGAGAGAGAGAGAGAGAGAGAGAGACUGGGGGAGGAGGAAGAAUUAAGGAGAGGGAAAAGAUGGCGAGUUGCUGGAGCAGCGUGGAGAAAGCGGCAUUUUUGUGCUGCUUUUUGCUGGCAAUGGGGAGCCUAAUCUGCUGCGCCCGGCCGGAGGAGGAGGAAGAGCGAGAAGAGCAGCGCUCCUGUCACGGUGCCUUUGAUCUCUACUUCGUCCUGGAUAAAUCUGGAAGUGUCAAAAACCAUUGGACUGAGAUUUACUCCUUUGUGGAAAGCCUAGCUGAGAAGUUCAUAAGUCCAAUGCUGCGGAUGUCUUUCAUUGUUUUCUCUUCCCGAGGCACUACAAUCAUGAAACUAACAGAGAACAGGGAAGCCAUAAGACGAGGGCUCAACAUUCUUAAGGAAGAAUUGCCUGGAGGAGACACGUUCAUGCAUGAAGGAUUUAAAAGGGCAAAUGAGCAAAUUUACCAUGAAACCUAUGGAGGAGUCCGGGCUGCCAGUGUGAUUAUUGCUCUGACAGAUGGAGAGUUGCAAGACGCUCAGUUUUAUUAUGCAGAACAAGAAGCCAACAGAGCCAGAAGCUUUGGAGCUAUUGUUUAUUGUGUUGGAGUGAAAGAUUUCAAUGAAACUCAGCUGUCAACGAUUGCUGACAGCAUCGAUCAUGUUUUUCCAGUUAAGGGAGGCUUUUAUGCCCUUAGAGGAACCAUUGAUUCAAUUCUGAAGAAGUCUUGCAUUGAGAUCCUAGCGGCUGAACCAUCCAAUGUUUGUGCAGGAGAAUCCUUUCAAGUUGUGGUAAGAGGCAACGGCUUUUAUCAUGCAAGAAAUAUCGACCAGGUACUCUGCAGCUUCAAGCUCAAUGACAGCCUCACUAUCAAUGAAAAGCCGACUUUUGUUCAUGAUACGUACUUACUUUGCCCUGCCCCAGUGAUAGAAGAUGCUGGACAGGUGGUUUUCCUACAAGUCAGCAUGAACAACGGGCUAACGUUUAUCUCCAGCUCUGUCAGCAUCACCAGCACACAUUGUCUGACUGGGACCAUCCUUUUCAUUGCUCUUCUGAUUCUCUUUCUGCUGCUGGCUCUGGCUCUUCUGUGGUGGUUUUGGCCCCUUUGCUGCACAGUGGUGAUCAAGGAGCCACCUCCACCACCGCCUCCAGAGCCUGACUCAGAUGAUGAAGAUGGAUUACCAAAGAAGAAGUGGCCAACCGUGGAUGCCUCUUAUUAUGGAGGUCGAGGUGUUGGUGGGAUUAAGAGGAUGGAGGUACGAUGGGGAGACAAGGGGUCAACAGAAGAAGGAGCAAAAUUGGAAAAACCCAAAAAUGCUAUUAUUAAGUUGCCAGAACAGGAGUAUGAGCCUUGGGAACCCAAGCCGAAGAAGCCCCAUGUGAGAAAACCGCCUUCCCAGCGAAAAUGGUACACUCCAAUCAAGGGUAAACUUGAUGCGCUCUGGGCUUUGGUUCGACGAGGCUAUGACCAAGUCUCUCUUAUGAGACCACAGCCAGGGGAUAAGGGAAGAUGCAUAAACUUCACCCGUGUGAAAUCAGAUGGAACCUCUGCCCCUUACAGCCCACCACCGAAGCUGCCAGUGCGUGACCAUGCUCCCCUCAACAAUGCUCCAAGGAAUCCUGCCUCUCCUGUGUCUCUGCAGCCUCCUUCCAGGCAGCCACCUCCUGGACCACCUCCAUCCCGAGCCCCUCCUGGACCUCCUCCUUCACGCCCACCGCCACAGCCCAUGGCUUAA